UAACGGUCUAACUAAACUAGACCCACACUCACUCACUCAUUCUGCCGCCACAACAUUGUCGGCAACGCCCAAAACGCAACCGUUUUGCUCAAACCGCGGCGGCGUGCCACUCAUUUCUCUUCCGCGCACAAUGCAGCUCCACCGUGUCUCCACCGCGUCCAAGCUGAGCCUCACGUGCCUCAGCCUCGCCUUGAAACUCGUGCUGUUGUACGCCGCGGAGGCACAGCUUCAGCACCGUGGCCCCGACCUACAUUGGUACCCCGGAACCGCCACCUGGUACGGCGACCCCGAAGGAGACGGCAGUACCGGUGGGGCAUGUGGGUAUGGUACGAUGGUGGAUGUGAAGCCGUUCAGGGCGCGGGUGGGAGCUUUGGGGCCAUUGCUGUUCAUGAAGGGGGAAGGGUGUGGUGCGUGCUACAAGGUGAAGUGUUUGGACAAGAGCAUAUGUUCGAGAAGAGCAGUGACAGUGAUAAUUACGGACGAGUGCCCCGGUUGCCCCUCUGACCAAACACACUUCGAUCUCAGUGGUGCCGCGUUUGGCCGCAUGGCUAUUGCUGGCGAGAACGGUCCACUCAGAGACCGUGGUCAAAUCCCCGUCAUUUACCGCAGAACACCUUGUAAAUAUCCAGGAAGAAAAAUUGCCUUUCAUGUUAACGAAGGCUCCACCCCAUUUUGGCUAUCACUUCUGGUUGAAUUUGAGGACGCAGAGGGAGAUAUUGGCUCCAUGCAUAUACGAGAAGCAGGGUCUACUGAGUGGCUACAAAUGAAUCACCUUUGGGGUGCAAAUUGGUGCAUUAUUGGAGGACCUUUAAGGGGACCAUUCUCAGUGAAAUUGAGCUCUUCCACUGGGAGAAGCCUCUCUGCAAGAGAUGUUAUUCCAACCAAUUGGGUUCCAAAGGCCACUUACACCUCUCGCCUAAAUUUCUACCCCUAGUCAGUCACAACCUUUGGUGCAAUUGGUACAAGCUCUAGUACACCCAAGGCUUCUUCCCAAAGAGGGUAACUAAUAAGUACAUUUUAACUAGUUAAAGUUGGUCACGUCCCAUAACGCAAAAAUAGGCUUCAUGGGCUUCCAACUUUCUCUUUUUUUCCCUCUCUUUGCUAUGUAUACAUUAGUUUCUCUUCUUUUUAUUACCCCUUCCCCCCUUUUUUUUAUGAAAAGUAGCCAUUUGGAGUGCACAAGGGCAUCCAAUGGUCCUUCUUCUUUCUUAAUAUUUUUUUUUAUAUUGCUUUGGUAUACCUACUUUUCUGGUGUGUUGUAACUGCUGGUAGUAAAUGUAAUGUAGCCCUCUCCAAAUCGGAGAGAGAGCGUGUAGUUUAGCAUCCUUUAAUUCCUCAUGGGGUUGAAUGUGUGUAGUGAUUCCAUUGUUUUUUUUAAUGGAUAUUUUCUCUGGACCCA